AUGUCCCAUUUGUGGGUCCACACACCCCACGCACACCCCCACCCCCCGGGGGGGGGGGGGGGGGGGGGGGGGGGGGGGGGGGGGGGGGGGGGGGGGGUGGGGGGCCCGGGGGGGGAGUGGUUGGAAAAAAAAAAUUGGGGAAAAAAAAAAAAAAAAAACCAAAAAAGGGGGAAUAAAAAAUUGGAAAUAAUGGGGGGGGUGAAGGAGUUGGAUAGGGGGUUAAAAGGUGGUAUGUUGGUGAAGUAA